CAUAUUAUUAACAUGUUAUUACAGGAGGUGUUUUAGAUAUUGAUCCAGUAUUCUGUCGUAGUUACAAACUCACUCACGGGCUAAAAACACGGACCUGUUAAACUCUACUGUUUAAACGAGUGCAAAGAAACAAACGCAGGGGAAAAAUGCCUAAGAGGAAGUCACCCGAGGGAGCAGAGGGAAAAGACUCUACUAAAGUCACAAAACAGGAGCCCACUCGGAGGUCAGAGCGCCUGUCCUCGAAACCGGCUCCUCCUAAACCUGAGCCCAAACCCAAGAAAGCUGCAGUUAAGGUGUCUGACGACAAAGCGGUGAAAGGAAAGAAGGGCGGCGCCAAAGGGAAGAAGGAGGAGAAAGAGGCGGUGCCAACUGAGAAUGGAGAGACCAAGCCCGAGGGGGAAUCUGCGACCACUGAGGCCGAGGCAGAUGCUAAGGAGUGACUCGAGUCGGUUUUCUGGGGAACGGAAAAGACUUUUUUUUAUUCUUUAUUGAGUAUUUUGUAAGAUGCUAACUUUUUUUAGACUCGUCAUUGUAGAUUUACUUAGCAAGCUCACACUCCUCCCAGACGUCCCCUGUUCUACUCGAUUCUCACCGGAUCGGACAGAUCCGUCGACGAAAAACAAGAAAACUUCUCUCUCUCUCUCUCUCUUUUUUUUUUCUUAAAUGUUUCACCAGCAGCAGCAGCCAUAUCAGUUCAUAACUUUUUAGUCAGUCGGAAAACCCGCGUCCUGCGUCCCCUCCAGUAACGUAACAACACGUGCUUAAUGUUUGUGCCACGCUGAAUGAGUCAUCUGGACAUUCAGGAUCAUGAGUUUAGUGUGUUUUUAGUCUUCUGGGUUUUUCAAUUAUAAUCUCUUGUAUAACGUGUAAUAAUAAGAGCGUCACUCGAUGAGAAAGAUUGUGACUAAAAGAAACAAAAAAGUCAUGUUUCCGAUUUUUUUUUUAAUCCUCCUUUAGUAGGCUGAUUGGGAUUUGUGUAUACUUUUGAUUUUUAAAAACUUUUUUUUAUUUUAUUUUUAAUUUAAUUUUAUUUUUGUAUUUUUUUUAAUUUUUAUUUUAUUUUUUAAAUUUGCUAAUUUGAAUACGACCCUUAAGGAAACGGCACAUAACCAUAGCAAUAAACGCAGGGUGCUGAGAGUGACGUUCGUUCUGAAUCUGAACCUGACGUGCUUGUGGAGAUCCGCCUGCCUGGCUGACUCGGGAUAUUGUCUGUGAAAAUGUUUUCAAAUAAAACCAUGAAAGAAAAAAGAG